AGAAGUGGGAGGAGGGGGGAGCUCAGCGUCCCGCUCCCCCAGCGGCUCAUGGCGACGACGCUCGGCACAUCCGGGACCCUCCGGCCGAGGCGGCCGCGGCGCCGGCUGCUCGGGCCCGAGCCCCGGCCGCUGUGGUGACUCCGCCGCGCCUCGCCGUCGCCCCCGCCCCGCCCGCCGGCCCGGAGCGCCGCCGCCGCCGCCGCCGCCCCCGCCGCCGGGGACAUGUCUAACCCCGGAGGCCGGAGGAACGGGCCCGUCAAGCUGCGCCUGACAGUACUCUGUGCAAAAAACUUGGUGAAAAAGGAUUUUUUCCGCCUUCCUGAUCCAUUUGCUAAAGUGGUGGUUGAUGGAUCUGGGCAAUGCCAUUCUACAGAUACUGUGAAGAAUACACUCGAUCCAAAGUGGAAUCAGCAUUAUGACCUGUAUAUUGGAAAGUCUGAUUCAGUUACAAUCAGUGUAUGGAAUCACAAGAAGAUCCAUAAAAAACAAGGUGCUGGAUUUCUUGGUUGUGUUCGUCUUCUUUCCAAUGGUAUCAACCGCCUCAAAGACACUGGUUAUCAGAGGUUGGAUCUAUGCAAACUUGGGCCAAAUGACAAUGAUACAGUUAGAGGACAGAUAGUAGUAAGUCUUCAGUCCAGAGACCGAAUAGGUACAGGAGGACAAGUUGUGGACUGCAGUCGUUUGUUUGAUAAUGAUUUACCAGAUGGCUGGGAAGAAAGGCGAACUGCCUCUGGAAGAAUUCAGUAUCUUAACCACAUAACAAGAACUACACAAUGGGAACGCCCAACACGACCGGCAUCUGAAUAUUCUAGUCCUGGCAGACCUCUUAGCUGCUUUGUUGAUGAGAAUACUCCAAUUAGUGGAACAAAUGGUGCAACAUGUGGACAGUCUUCAGAUCCCAGGCUGGCAGAGAGGAGAGUCAGGUCUCAACGACAUAGAAAUUAUAUGAGCAGGACACAUUUACACACUCCUCCAGACCUACCAGAAGGCUAUGAACAGAGGACAACGCAACAAGGUCAGGUAUAUUUCUUACACACUCAAACUGGUGUGAGCACAUGGCAUGAUCCAAGAGUACCUAGGGAUCUUAGCAACAUCAAUUGUGAAGAGCUUGGUCCUUUGCCUCCUGGAUGGGAGAUCCGUAAUACUGCAACAGGCAGAGUUUAUUUCGUUGACCAUAACAACAGAACAACACAAUUUACAGAUCCUCGACUCUCUGCCAACUUGCAUUUAGUUUUAAAUCGGCAGAACCAGUUGAAAGACCAACAGCAACAGCAAGUGGUUUCAUUAUGCCCUGAUGAGACAGAGUGUCUGACAGUGCCAAGGUACAAGCGAGACCUGGUUCAGAAACUGAAAGUCUUGCGGCAAGAACUUUCCCAACAACAGCCUCAGGCUGGCCACUGCCGCAUUGAGGUUUCCAGGGAAGAGAUUUUUGAGGAGUCAUAUAGACAGGUGAUGAAAAUGAGACCAAAAGAUCUCUGGAAGAGAUUAAUGAUAAAAUUUCGUGGAGAAGAAGGCCUUGAUUAUGGAGGGGUUGCCAGGGAAUGGUUGUAUCUCCUGUCACAUGAAAUGUUGAAUCCGUACUAUGGCCUCUUCCAGUACUCAAGAGAUGACAUCUAUACAUUGCAGAUCAACCCUGAUUCUGCAGUGAAUCCGGAACAUUUAUCAUAUUUCCACUUCGUUGGACGAAUAAUGGGAAUGGCUGUGUUUCAUGGACAUUAUAUUGAUGGUGGUUUUACAUUGCCUUUUUAUAAACAGUUGCUUGGAAAGUCAAUUACUUUGGAUGACAUGGAGUUAGUUGAUCCAGAUCUUCAUAACAGUUUGGUGUGGAUUCUUGAAAAUGAUAUUACAGGUGUUUUGGACCAUACUUUCUGUGUUGAACAUAACGCAUAUGGUGAAAUUAUUCAGCAUGAACUCAAACCAAAUGGCAAGAGUAUCCCUGUUAAUGAAGAAAAUAAAAAAGAAUAUGUCAGGCUCUAUGUGAACUGGAGAUUUUUACGAGGCAUUGAGGCUCAGUUCCUGGCUCUGCAGAAAGGGUUUAAUGAAGUGAUUCCCCAGCACCUGCUGAAGACAUUUGAUGAGAAAGAGUUAGAGCUCAUUAUUUGUGGACUUGGAAAAAUAGAUGUCAAUGACUGGAAGGUAAACACCCGGUUAAAACACUGUACACCAGACAGCAAUGUCGUUAAGUGGUUCUGGAAAGCUGUGGAGUUUUUUGAUGAAGAGCGACGAGCACGAUUGCUUCAGUUUGUGACAGGAUCAUCUAGAGUGCCUCUGCAGGGCUUCAAAGCACUACAAGGUGCUGCAGGCCCACGCCUCUUUACCAUCCACCAGAUCGAUGCCUGUACUAACAACCUGCCAAAAGCCCAUACCUGCUUCAAUCGAAUAGACAUUCCGCCCUAUGAAAGCUAUGAAAAGCUCUAUGAAAAGCUGCUAACAGCCAUUGAAGAAACAUGUGGAUUUGCUGUGGAAUGAUGAACUUCAAGGACUUACCCAGACUCUAUUUAUACCCCUGACUGACAGCCUCCCUUCAGCAGAGUUUAAAGAAUGCUGAAAUACAGGAAAACGCCCUCCCCCCCUUUUAAAUUUUAGGACACUGUGAGGGGAAAGGACAAUUUUGAAAUUCCUUUUCAAGGAAAAAAAAAAAAAGUCUUUAUGCUUUGCCAUGAGGACACAUUCAGCUGCUAUUAAAAUUAAUAUCUUGAACCUUACAGAAUGCUGACUUUUCCUGCAUUUCCAGAGUUAGGCAGUAUUCUACACUUAAAGACUACUACUAUUUUUAUAAAAGGUAAUCUAUUCAGAACGCUUCACAGAUUUCAAGUUUUUCAUACAUCAAGACAACUUCAGCAGUCGGUACAAGUCACAUUUCAUUUUGAUUGAAUACAUGAUUUUGAACAGCUCCUGUACUUGCUCUUUGUAAAAAUAAAUAAAUAAAGUUAUUUUGAAUUAUUCUACCUUUGUAAACAAUUGGCUAAAAAAAUCAUUAUCUUUGAGAAAUCAAGCCAUUUACAUGUUUAAUCAUGUUUUUCUAUAGAGCAUUAUAUUUUGCAUUAUGUGGUUCAACCUAGCCUAUGUGGGUUGUUUUUAUAUUUUUCAAGCAUGGAUUUCCUGGAAAUACAGCUGUAUAAUUUUGGUUAUCAAAUUCAUAAUACAACCAUUUAGUCUAAACUUAGUAGUUUAGUUCUUAUCUAAAAUAUGUUCAGGGGUUCCUGUUUUUAAGAAGACUUUAAAGAAAAAAAACAACUGAUGUUUUUAUCUUGAAUCAAUAUGAUCAGGAGUUUUUGGAAUUACUUUUCACCUUAAAUUGAAAUACUGCAUUUUUAUAGUUUCUCAGAGCAUGUGGAAGGGAUAGGAUUUUCAUUCUUUUGCUGGGUCAGCUUGUCUUUAGUAUAUAUACUGCUCUUAUAAACCAAAGCCUCUAAUAAGUGCACCUAAUUUAUAUUUUAAUUACAGUGUAAGUGUCUAUCAAGUAAACCACGCUGGAGCUUUGUUUAGCUGCUUAUAACUUCAGUCAACUAAAAUUAUUAAGAAUGAAAAUUUUCUUCUAAAUAUUAUUUAGCAAGCUUUAACUCUGUGGUACAAAUCACUUUAAAAUGGAAGAAUUAAUUUUGGAAGUAAAGGAAUCCCAGUUCCCUAAGUGUUGAAAAUUUGCAUCUGACUUUCAAGGUGCGUGGCAUGUCAUUCAAUCCAGAAGGCAACCAAAACUCCGAGGUGAGAGAUUGGAAAAAUCUGAAAUCACAGGUGGAUUUUUAAAUUCAGCCAACAAAAAAUAUAUACCUUCUGUUUUUAAAAACAUUGAUGUGAUAUUUUGGACAACUUUUGGAUUUUGCAGUUUAAAUAUCAAGUGAAAAGAAUAUUUAUGUUCUGGUUCAUGUGAUAUAGUGGGUUCCAGUCUGUGUUUUUGAAGCCAAAGGGUUCCUCAGAGGUGCCUGAUGAGUGAUGGUUUAGAAAGGGAGGGAAAGCCUAGCCUAUCCUCAUCCCUUCCCCCUUCACCCAAAGCAGCUUCUAUUUUUUCUUUUAUAUAUUGGAAUUCUAAGUAAGCUUUCCUGGGGUGUGUUGGUAUGUGGGGGGGGGGGUAGGGAAAUGAGUAGGAUAAAACAAGUGGAGACUUUGCUGCUUUAAAAACAGUUUUCUGAAUAUUUUAAUGUAUUUUAUUUGGCCAAAUUUGACUGCUACAAAAACUAGUCAUAAUAACUGUGCAGCAGUAAUGUGCAGCUAUGCCAACCUUUCUUCCCACUGUUUUUCCUACUGCAUUCUUAGUACUGAAGAAAAUCUUGAAAUGUACAGAAAUGCUAUUUGAUUAUCAGUAAUUUUUAGCUUUUGUGAAAGUACAUUAGUUACAGGUCCAUCUCUCUUUUCUAUAAAGCACGAGUGCAGUUUGUAAUUGUGCCUACUCUUAUAAUAUUUCAGUAAAAAGUAAAUACACGAUGAAUAUUUUCUAGAAUUCAUAACUGACAGGGAUGCUGUAAUAAUAAAAUGAUAUUAACAGUUUUCAUGUACAGUAUAAAGAAAGCAGAGCUGGGCGCGUGGUGCUCACUUGUAAUUCCAGUUACUUGGGAGGCUGAUGAUCACAAAUUUGAGGUCAGCCUCAGCAAAUUACUGAGACCCCCAU